AUGGUCAUUCAACAUGAAGUGACUGUUGAGGAGAAGAAAGAGGAUAGAGGACCAGCUUUGGAACAGUAUGAGCCAUAUCCACUCUAUAAAGGCAGGUUACUUGACAUAUCAAAGCAGAAGGCUGAAAAUCAAGCCAAGAAGGAUCUAGAAGACAUUGGAACUGUUGUGGUUCCAACUAAGCUUGAGGAUCCUGGCUCAUUCAACUUGCCAUGCUCACUGAAUUACAUGCACUUCAACAAGUGUUUAUGUGACCUUGGAGCUUCUGUAAGUGUCAUGCCCUUCUCAAUAGUAGAGAAGCUAAGAUAUGAAGAGUUCAGGCCAAGCAACCUCUACAUAAGUCUUGCUGAUGGGUCUAGGAAGGAUGUGGUUGGCAAGCUGGAGAACUUCCCAGUAAAGAUUGGCAAGGCCAGGAUACCAACUGACUUCAUCAUCAUAGAGAUGGAGCAAGAGCUUGAUGAUCCUAUUAUCCUUGGAAGACCAUUUUUGGCCACUUCUGGAACUGUGAUUGAUGUUAAAAAGGGUAUGAUCAGCCUGGACAUUGCUGAUGGGUUGACUAUGAGGUUUAAUAUCAAGAAUACAACAAACCAACCCACCAUUGGAGGCCAACCUUUUGUUAUAGAAGAUAAAGCAGCUGAUGAGUCUUUUAAGAAAAAAAAAUAG